GCGCGAGGUGGCGAAUAAUCGCGAGUCGAGUAAAUUUCAUGCUUGCUUCUUUUUUGUGCGAAAACAACAAAUGUACGUACGUAGGCCUACAUUAUUAUUAGAAUCGACGAUAUAGCAUAGACAAUGGAUGAUGAAUCAGAAACGUGGAAGUUAUGGCGAAUUCGAAAAACAAUCAUGCAGCUGUGUCACGACAGGGGUUAUUUGGUGACCCAGGAUGAGUUAGACCAGACACUUGAUGAGUUCAAAGUUCAAUUUGGUGAUAAACCAAGUGAAGAUCGACCACGAAGGCAAGACCUAACCAUACUUGUAGCUCACAAUGAUGAUCCCACAGAUCAGAUGUUUGUUUUCUUUCCUGAUGAGCCAAAAGUUGGAAUCAAGACAAUAAAAUUAUACUGUAAGAGAAUGCAGGACGAGAACAUUAGCCGAGCAAUUAUUGUUGUCCAAGUUGGUAUGACACCUUCUGCAAAACAAUCUUUAGGGGACAUGGCUCCUAAGUACAUUUUGGAACAGUUUCUGGAACCUGAACUUCUGAUCAACAUUACUGAACAUGAAUUUGUUCCUGAGCAUGUUGUCAUGACUAAUGAGGAAAAAGCAGAACUUCUGGCAAGAUAUAAAUUAAAAGAACAUCAGCUACCAAGAAUUCAGGUUGGUGACCCAGUUGCAAGAUAUUUUGGACUCAAGAGAGGACAGGUUGUUAAGAUUAUUCGACCAAGUGAGACAGCUGGCAGAUACAUCUCAUACCGACUCGUUCAAUGAAUCAAGGAAGUUAUAGGAUUUUUGGAAGGUAUAAGAAUGUAUCAAUUGAUGUGAUGACACCCACAGUAUGUUGAUAAUGAUGACGAUGUUGAUGACAUCACAAUAAAAGAUUAUAUUUGUAUGGAUGCUGAGAUCAUUUUAAUGCACUGAAGAGAAUAACAAAUAUGCCCUACAUAAUAAAUCUAGUGCAUUUUUGCAACUCUUUAAAUUUAAUGAUUUCUCUGGCUUUGUAUUGUAUUGAGAUCAUAGAGCAAUUCUUUGCUUUAUGGCGAGAUGCACAGGCAGUGCCACUAGAAAACUCUUACUCUGCCUGUCGUUAAGAACUUAGGUAUUUCUGGGUUUUUUUUGUUUUUGUUUUUUUUUUCAAAUCAAGACAAUGAAAAAAGUCAUCUUUCAGCCAAUAAGCUAUCUAAAUUUUCCAACAUAUACAUAGUGAUGUAGAUAUAUGCCCUUGUUUUAGAUAGGAAAGUAUGGGCUUAGUAUGAACAGGGUGUGUUGGUAAAGAAUAGCAGCCUGCUGUUGAUGCAGUUUCCUCAUGCAAUUUCUUUACAUAUGCCAAUUUCAGACCUAAUAUCAAAUCAUAUUGUUCUUAUAUUGUAUUAUAAAUAAUAUAAUGAAUAUGCACUAAGUGCAUUGUUGGGAUGUGUAUAUGCUUAAAAAAGAAUAAAUUAAUUGUCUUCCAAUAAAAAUCCUAGUAAAGCCUAAUGUAACCCUAAACAUUUAUCCUAUACUUAGAAUAAGUGUGAUUGGCCAUUGGCCAAUGAAAGCUCAUCCACUCUUUGUUAAUUUAAUUUAAUUUCAUACAGAUUUGGAUUCAAGCUAAGUUUUAAUGCAAUUAUCACAGUCCCACACAUUCAUUAGUCAAUAAGUGUAUUGGUAAUACACUUACCAUCCAUUCCCCCCCCCCCCCAGUUUUUAAAUAUUCAAAAAUCUAUUUUAUUAACCAUUUUAGAGUGGAAAAUUCAGUAGUGCAACAUAUCAAAGAGUGUUUUCUUCCGGAGACUGGCUUAUUUUAUCCAACUUUGACUGUUUACUGUCAUGCUAGCCCUUACCAUCACCAUGGUAAAAUAACCACUUAAAGAUGGUGGGAUAAAUUGGGUUUGUCUAAUUGACUGUGCUUGAGUUUUGUACAGCCCUAAAGUUUAUCUCUCCUCAACCCAAAAUACUCAAGCAGUGUGGUAAAUAGGGAUGGCGAACUUCACCAGCAUAUGGUUUGUUGGAUACUGGUGUUGUUUUUCUAUAUUCGUAUAAUAAAAGAAAACCAACACCAGACAUCCAACAACAUAUGUUUUGUUGGAUGACAGGUGUUAUUUUUCUUUUAUAGGAUUACAGAACCUCAAUUAUUUUCAUUGUUUUAAAUUUUAUUGCUGCUGUUUGUAAGGUUAACUACUAGUAGUAGUAAUAUUGAUAAGUACAUUAACACUAAACUAAGUAUGGUGGACAUAUUAAAAACACAACUGAAUUUUGUACACAA